GUCAAAAUAUGUCGCAAUAGUUUAAAAUUUGAGUUAUUUUUCCCGCGAUUAUAUUUAUUAAUUGACAGCUCAUUUUGAAAAAAUGGCAACUUCUUUUUAUAUUUUGUUAGCGGCCGCUUUUUGCAGAUUCGUUGAUUCGACGGACAAUAUUGCUUAUUCCCCGAUCAUCCAAAAAAUUCAAAAUGACGUAUUUCAAGUCAAAACCGACAUAGCAACAGCGAUGACCACUAUUGACGUGAAACUGAAAGACAUAGCCGUCAGACUGGACACCAUUGAGUCAAGGGUGAGCGCGCUCGAAGACUCUUUCAUACAAGUGUACGAUGUGAAGAAGUCUAUCAGGGACUUUAUUGACUCCCGAAGGUCCGCGGUCUCUGCGCCGAAAACCGUCAGGAGACGAGUAGAGGGGACGACUUAUAAACCUGGAGUUUCAAGGAAGAAUGCACUUCAGUGGGGACCUUUGGGUAUCAAGAUUGAAGGUGUGUCGGAGAGUGAUCGUCAUGGGGAUAUAAACCUGUAUACGUCCCCAUCAUCGCCUUCUUUGAACGCGGAAGGAAGUACGGGCAGUUUGAGCACGGACAAGGAUGCGCGCGAUGAGCAGCAGCUCGCCAAGACAGCGGCUUUCCAGAAGAGGAUGAACCAGACAGACCAGGAGUGCUCGCAUCUCAACAACCACGCCUAUAUUGCCUGCUAUUUUAAGGGGUUGGGGGUCAUAAGCAGAUCGGGCGUAUACGUGGUGUCAGCAGGCGCUCAGCUGCUGGCAGCCGAAUGCGACCGACUCAGGCCGAAGGAGGUCGAGGGAAUCGCCAAAGACUGCAACUCUGUGAACGAUGAGCCAGACCUGAGCUCGGCCAGGCGCGCUGAACUCCUGCUUCUCUGCGUUGCUCACAAAGUAGACCCAGACGUGUGCAAUAUUCCUAUUCCGUCUUACAAUGGAAAAGAAACAACAAUUGAUUGAAGACAACUUUAGCACCGAUACCCAAGUACAGGAGGAUGCACCGACGAUGUAAAACAGUGAAAAGCAUUCGAAAAUCUCAUAAUAAAGCCUGGCGCCGUAGCCGAAUGGCAUUUCUGUGACGCAAAACGAAAACGAAACGCUGUGAAAAGUAGUCGGGCUUUGUCGCGCCAAUAUGCAAGAGCGAUAGAGAUAGAUAUCUACGAGCGUUUCGU